AUGUCAACCUACGGUGGCCGCCGGGGCCCAAACGUCUCCCAAUAUCUUCGACAUCUCAAUACUAUUCCUACUGAGACUACGAAUGAGGAUUCCUUUAUCGAUGACGACCUGAGCCUCUUCACAAAUACCCAGAGCGAACAGAUAUCUCCUUCCACUGAAAGUGGAACCACAACUUCGCCUGUUACGGACCUGGGAGGUCUCGAUUUCAUCGCAGAUUUCAGCUUCCCCGACUUUGCCCAAUACCAAGCCCCUGCUUUAAACCCCAGUUUUACCGACGCCCUUCCGAUUCAACCCCUCCAAAACGCGCCUCAAAUUUUCCCAACCAGUGUAACUCAACAACCACAGCAGCAGCAGCCUGGUACUUUCAGCUCCUCCCAAUCGAACCAUGUGGGGGAUAAAAGGAAGUCUGAAUCCUUAGACACACCAACUCAGAUUAACUUCGAAGAUGCGUCUCGUCUUGCUGCUGAGGAAGAUAAAAGGAGACGCAACACAGCCGCUAGCGCGCGAUUUCGAAUUAAGAAGAAGCAACGUGAGCAGGCGUUAGAGCGGACGGCAAAGGACAUGUCGGAAAAAGUUACAGCUCUUGAAGGUCGUAUUCAGCAAUUGGAGACAGAGAACAAGUGGCUUAAGAACAUGAUUCUUGAAAAGAAUGGUGGCAACGAGCAAAUAUCAACUUUACUAGACAAGGAACUUGGCUCCAGAGACAAACCCGACGCGAAAUCUGCGGAGGCUCUCAAACCAGAGAAUUAA